UCACCUUAUAGAGCAAAGACACCACAGAAGCCUUACAAAGUAAUAAUAAAUUUCAAAGUUAUUAUAUAUUAUAUAUAUUAAAAACUCAAAGUAUAUAUAUAUAUAUAUAUAGAAAUAUACAUAUAUAUAUAUAUAAAAAUGAUGUCCAGCUUGUGGCGGCAGUUGGCAACAGCUGUCAUAUUCCUAUUGCUGGUUUCCGGUGAAGAGCUCAACCUCAACUGUGAACGAGAUCACUGCGACUAUGAGCAACAUGCGACCACUAUUACAUUAAGGCAAUCAUCUUCGGAAGCUUUACUGUAUAAGGACUUCUCUGGCAGGCAUAUAUAUAAUGAUGGACGGCUACAAAUCCCACACGAACGCAAUGAAGAAACCCAUUUAAAUACGCUCACAAACAAUCGACGUACAGAACGGGAAGUGAGACGGUCGCGAGAAAACCUUGAAAGGCAUUCGAACCAUCGUGGAUAUGCUGAAAAUGAAAGGGAAAAUUACCGCCAAGAAUUUGAACGAAAUCCUGUUGUUAUUCAACGUCAAGACUUUCCGUCAUCCAAUAAUCGUCUUGGAGAAGAACGGCGUUCGCUUAGUGAGAGAAUGCGAAUUGAAUUUCAAAGGAUUGAUCGUAUCGCAAACCGAGACGACCGUACCAAUCGACAGAGAGAGAGAAUUGUGUUUAACGAUGACAGACGACAAGAACAGCAUUACCGUGAACGCGAAACAAAUGAAAAUAGAUUACGUUUUAGUCGAUUUGAAAAUCUAAACGAUAAUAGGGAGAUUCUACGCCAAGCAAGGUACAAUCGCUUCGACGAACGAUCAGAAGCAACGCAACGGCGUGAGCAAGAAGAACGACGCGUUGCUGAAAGUGAAAUAGUACGGAAAAUCGACAACGGUGACAAUUCGGAACGAACUUUGGACCAUCAUUUAGCAAGGCGAAUUGAACGUGAAAUUAUGAUGAAGCAAACUGAACAAUUUAUAAAUCGAGAAGAGCCCGCAAGAGUGCAACAAAGGCAGAUUGAAGAAUCUAGGACCGUUACGAGAUUAGAGGCUCGUAGAAAUUACGACGAAACAAAAGUUGAAAAAUCAAGACUCGAAACUCGAAACGAUUUGAGAUUAGCGAUAAAUCCUGAUAAACAAAAUAGAGAUAUUGGACAAGAAAUUGGGCGCGAAAUUAGGCAGAACCGAGACCAACGUAGAGAAAUUCGGUUUGAGAAUGCGAAUCGUGAGAAAUACUUUGAAUUUAGACAACGUUAUGACAAUCGGCGAAUUUCUAAGCAAUCAACCAAUGAAGAAAGAGACAAUCGGGUAGUUUCUACGAAUGCCCACUAUCGCACUGACAUGCACUUUAAUGCUGAACGUAACAACAGAGAACAAUUUGAAAAUAAUUUUAACCAUUAUGACCGACUAAAUCAUUAUUCACGAUUGCAAAUCAGGGAUAUUUCUCGUAAUAGGGAACAUGUGAGCAGGGAGCAUAAUGACAUAUAUGAAAAACAUUUACAAGAUCAUAGACAACGCAAUGUGGAAAUUAAUUUCAAAGAAAGAGAUACACUUAUGUCACGAGAAAAUAAUCGCGAAAACUCUAACUUGCAAAGAACUGUUGUAAACCGUAAUAACGUAGCGGAGAGGACAGAGAGAGCUCGACGUGAUGAUUCUCCAAAAGCGUAUGAAAUUAAUCGCGAUAACAGGAAUUUACAGAGAAUUUUAAUAAACGAGUAUAAAUCGGAAGAACGAGUAGACGGAACUCGGCAAUUUGAUCGUGACAACGAUCGUACACUUAAUGAAAACCGUUCUCAAUAUUCAAUAAAUCGUUACACUUACUCCCGACGGGAAAUACGUGAAAAUUUGAAUUAUUUCAGAGCAGACGAUAUGCGACAACCCAGCCCUAAUCAACGCAUCGAUAGAGGACAAAGGGGGCUUUUCCGUGAUGCAUAUGAAAUUGCGAGAGAGGAGAUGCGCUUUACAAACGAGAGAAACAUUAGCAAAGGGUUUAUUGUAAAGCCUGACAUUAUGCUCAAGAAAAUUUCUAUGGCUUUAGCACAGGGCGCUUUAAUAUGCUUGAUUAUAGUGAAGACAUUAAAAAGUAAACAAGAAAUUAAGCGAGAGGUACCUCAACAGAUUAAAGAAUUCGUUCAAAUGAUUCUUUUCUAAAUCCUUGGGAAAAUUUGAUGUCGAAGAACUCAGUCAACUGCUUUAAAAAUUUACAUACAUACAUAUAUAUAUAUAUAUAUAUA